AUGCCAGAUAAUCGCACGAAUAAACACAAUUUCUCCGAUAAUGCUAGCAAAUCUGUACUUUCCUUGACUUCGCCGGCGAAGUUGAAUGUGGUAUCCUCGGAUUGGUCGAAAAUGACGGCGAAAAAGCCGAUCGGAAAAGUGGUCAAAAGACAAUCGUCGAGCAGCUCGGCCACACUCUCGAAUGUGACAAACAUCAUGCCGAGCACGAAGGGCGGAAUACAGCGACCCAUGCUGCAGUACGUUCCGCCCCUUCUCAAACGGUCUUCUUCUUUGUUCCAGGACGAUCUUGAUUCCACCGACAAUCGCAAAUCCAUCAAAUCGCAGGACUCAGACGAAAGCUGUUUUGCCACAGAUCGGUUCAUUCCGCUUCGUAAAGAAAAUUCAUUCUCGCAUUCCAAGAUCGAUCCGCUGGAUAUGGACGACGAAACUCCACCACCCAAUGCAUCGCCUUCGACACAUCUAAAGGCGCAAACAAAACGGGUGUUUAAACAAAACGUUGCGGAAGCAUGUGGACUGGACAUGAACCAACGAAUCUUACAAUACAUGCCCAGACCUCCCACAUCAUCAAGCUGCAAGCAAACGUAUUCGAUUGGCAAUCGAUCUCAUUAUUCAUAUUCGUCCCUACAUGGCUCGGGACCCAGUCCCGAGCUUGCCAAACUCAGAAAGAUUAAUUCUAAUCCUGAAAGAAUUCUGGAUGCACCUGGAUUUCAAGACGAUUUUUAUCUGAAUCUGGUGAGUUGGUCCAAUAAGAACGUGUUAGCUAUUGCUCUUGAUUCAGCACUUUACCUGUGGAAUGGUGCAACCGGUAACGUCACACUGUUGGUAGACUUCGAACAACCGGGUGCUAUAAGCAGCGUAACAUGGUCCGACGACGACUGUCAUAUUUCGAUCGGUAGAUCCGGAGGGGAUACGGAAAUUUGGGAUGUUGAAACAAUGUCGCAUGUCAGGACCAUGAGAUCGGAGUUAGGCGUUCGCAUUGGUUCCCAGUCGUGGCUCGAAACAUUGAUUGCAACAGGAGCCAAAAGUGGUGAAAUUCACAUUAACGACGUACGAAUCAAAAACCACAUAGUAUCCAGCUGGGAAGAACAUCGAGGAGAAGUGUGCGGUAUCAGUUACCGCCCUGAUGGGUUGCAAUUAGCCUCAGGAAGUAACGACAAUACCGUUGUAAUCUGGGACACCAGAACCUCUUUACCACAGCAUAUUAAAAGACAGCAUACCGCCGCCGUGAAAGCCAUGGCCUGGAGCCCUGACACCACCAACCUUUUGGCAACUGGUGGCGGUCAAACAGACAAACACAUCCACUUCUGGAACACAACAACUGGUGCCAGAACUGGCAGCAUUAAUACAGGAUCUCAGGUGAGUUCUUUACACUGGGGUCAAAGUUACAGUUCCAGUGCCAUGCAACGAGAAAUAGUCGCCACGGGUGGUAAUCCUGAGAACGCCAUAUCCAUUUACAACUUCGACACCAAAUUCAAAGUCGCAGAAAUAGUCAAUGCGCAUGAGGCAAGAAUUUGCUCUAGCCAGUUAUCUCCAGAUGGCACCGUUUUAGCUACAGUUGGCGGUGACGAAAAUCUCAAGUUUUACAAAGUAUUUGAGCCCAGGAGAAAAAGACCUCAAGGAGUUUGCGACGGUGAGAGUCUAAUGGGCUUGCUCAAAGUUGGUGAUACCUGCGACGACGACGCUUCACGAUCACCGACUCGAAGAAACACUUCGGAUUUCGUCAUAAGAUAA